AUGAACGUUAUCCGUUCGAAACUAAACGAUAUCCGGGACCGUUUGGCCCCUAUCUCACACGUCUCUACCUUCAGAAGUACCGGCCAAGUGACGCCUGAAGAGUUCGUGCGCGCUGGAGAUUACCUCGUCUACAAGUUCCCUACCUGGUCAUGGUCCGCUGCGUCCUCUCCGUCAAAACGAGUCGCAUACCUGCCGGAGGGGAAGCAGUUCCUGGUCACCCGCGGGGUACCAUGUAACCGCCGACUGGACGAGAACUUCGCGGGCAAGGCGGCAGAUAUCAUAAUACAGGGUGAACUGGGAAACCCGUCUGGUGCGGGCGCAGAUGGUGAUGAUGACGGGUGGUUGAAUACAGGUGGCGAUGAGGGGGCGGGCGAGACGCAUGCUAAGGACGUUAGAACGGUGGAUGAGUCGGGCAAUGUAGCUGAGAAGGAAGAAGAAGACGAAGAGAUUCCUGACAUGGAUGAUGAAGAGGACGAUGAGGAAGCUAUUAUUCGAGAGCCGGCGCAGAAAGAUGGGAAGAAUGCCCCCCUACGAACAUACUCGCUCUACAUUACCUAUACCCCAUACUACAAGACUCCUCGCCUCUACCUAUCCGGUUACGUUGCCGUAUCAGAACCACUGCCUCCCCACCUUAUGAUGGAGGAUAUAGUUGGCGACUACAAGGACAAGACAGUCACGCUGGAAGACUUCCCCUUUUUCGAGGGAGGUGUGAAGAUGGCUAGCGUCCACCCUUGCAAACACGCAAGCGUGAUGAAAGUGCUUCUCGAUCGUGCAGACGCUGCGCUGAAAAUCCGUCGCGAGAAACAGUCCAAGCGUUCCAAGGAUGGUAAGGACAAGGUUGAGGCUGGCCUGGAGGGUCUGGUGGAUGAAACGGAGAAGUUGAAGGUAUCUGGUGACGAUAAGCCUAAGGGCAGCAGUAGCAGUGCGGGCGACGAGUGGGAAGUGUUGGAACAUGAAGGGGAUGAUGAGGAAGAUCAAGAGGUUGCGAUUCGGGUCGACCAGUACCUGGUUGUGUUCCUCAAAUUCAUUGCCAGCGUCACACCGGGCAUCGAGCAUGAUUUCACCAUGGGAGUCUAG